AUGGAAGAUCUUAGCAAACGGUUCAAGUCCAUCGAGUUCAUGUAUAUUCCUAGAUUCCACAAUGAUCUAGCUGAUGCACUAGCUACUCUGGCCUCAAGGUUGCCGUACUCGGGAAAUGUUCAUAUUGACCAGCUGGAAAUCCAAAUUCGAGAAAGGCAUGGUUAUUGUAAUGCAAUUGAAAUGGAUCUAGAUGUUCAACCAUGCGGAGAGGUCUUGUACAAAAGAACUCUAGAUCUGAAUCUUUUGAGGUGCAUAGAUUCUGGAGAAGCUGAAAAGGUCAUGAACGAAGUGCAUUCGGGAGUAUGUGGGCCUCACAUGAAUGGAUACGUCCUUGCAAAGAAAAUCCUCCGGGCAGGGUAUUACUAG